CUUUUUGAUUGGCGGUAGAGGUAUCCUAUCGGUGAAGUCGAAGCUCGCCUCGCCGCGACGGACCGGGGUUCUUUGCGGGUGUACACUUCAGACGCACCGAGUUGUUGCUAACCAAGAGGGGCUGCAAAAAUGGAUAACAACAGCAGUUACGCAGAUUUUGGAUCUUGGGGCAGUGCUGAAACAGCUGCCAAUCCUGCAGCUACAGCAUCAGCAGCAGCGACAGCCUCCACCACCACAGGGACUCCAGGUUCUUCUGCAAAUACCACAGGCUGGCAAGGAUACGAGGGCUAUGACUAUUACAACACACAGACAGGCACCGCCUCUACAGCAGCCACCUAUAACUACGGCACAGCAGGCACCUGGGAGGCUCCCAAGACAGACCCCAGCUCGACGAGCGGGGACACCAGCAUGAACACGGCCGGGUCGAUGGGCAGCGCGGCCAAGACCAGCAGCGAGGUGUCCGACUCCCUCAUCGCCAAGAUCAACCAGAGACUGGACCUGCUGUCCAAGGAAAGCGGAGUGCCGGACAGCCAGGAGAGCUCUUUCAGGUUCGAGUCGUUCGAGUCCCACGACUCCAGAGCGCCGCUGCCCGACCGGGACCUCUACCGAUCCGGCUAUGAUUACGGAGAGGGGGGCAGCACAGGGGGACUCCCAGCUCCAGCAGCGCAGCCCGACGCUGAGUCCACCUUCGGCAGUCGCUUCGACAACCCCUCCUCCUCCUCUUCCUCAGCCUCUUCGGGGAGCCGCAGAAGGGGCCGCGACAGAGGGGGUCGCGACAGAGGGGGCCGUGAAGGCUAUGGGGGCCCUCCCAGCAACCGAGGAGGAGGAAGGGGGCAAAACCAUCACCACCAGCGCCCCCCCAACCGCGGUCGGGGCAACUACUUCAACCCUCCCCACCACCUGCCCCAUCACCAGCAACAGCACCACCACCAACAGCCACCGCCGCCUGGUCGCUACAACAUGCCUCCGUCGAGCUCCGAGAGGCUGUCCGCACGAUGGAAUGAGCUCAACUACAUGGGACCCCGAGGGAUGGGGAUGGGAGGUGGAGGAGGAGGAGGAGGAGGGUGCAACAUGGGCAUGGGCAACAGGCUCCCCUCUCUCUUCUCCCAAGCCCUGGUUCCUGACUAUCCCGGCAUGCAUGGCAGCGGGCCACCCAUGCCAGGGAUGGGGAUGGGAAUGGGAAUGGGGAUGGGAGGAGGAGGAGGAGGAAUGGGAGGAAGGUUCCCCAUGGGCAACCACUACGGAGGAGGCCGUCAACGCAACGGGAGAAACCGCAUGCGAAACGAAGGAGACAACCGACCGAGACUGCGAGGGGGCCCCAUGUUCCGAAACUUCGAUGGGCGGAAAAGGAGGCAGUCCCAGACCUCAGACGAGCUCGACAGUAAAUACCGCAGGACUGACUCCGAGGAGGAGGAGGAGGACUGUGAAGACGAUGACAACGAAGAUAAAGAAGAAACCGAAGAGGUUGUCGGUGAAGAUGGAGAAAAGAAAAAGAAGACUGCUGAGGGAGAGGAAGAGGACGAAGAAGCAAAGAAGAAAAAAAGAGAGAAGAGAAAGCUGGAGAGGCAGAACCAACGGCAGAAAGACCGCUACCAGGAUAUCAAAGAGCAUAAACGAAUGCAGUUCGCCUGCUCCCUGUGUAAAUUCCGUACCGUGGAGGAGGAAGAAGUGCAAGCACAUUUGGAAAGCAAGUUCCACAAAGAGAUUUUCAAAUUCAUCAACACCAAGCUGCCAGACAAGACUGUCGAAUUUCUACAGGAGUACAUAGUGAAUAGGAAUAAGAAAAUUCAAAAGCGCCGUCAGGAGCUCAUUGAUAAAGAGGGGCCCAUACAGAAGCAAGACCCUUUCAAGGGUAUUGCCCAGGAGCAGUUCUUUAAGAGGAUCGAGGCGGCUCACUGCAUGGCUUGUGACAUGAUAAUCCCUGCACAGUAUCAUCUGCUCCAGAGACACCUGCAUUCUCCUGAACACAACCGGAACCGCAAGGGAAUUGCAGAACAGUUCAAGAAGUCCAGCCUUCAUGUAGCCAAGAGUGUGCUGAAUAACAAGCACAUUGUCACAAUGCUGGAGAAGUAUUUAAAGGGCGAGGAUCCGUUCACCGAUGAGAACGUCGACCAUGACGUGGAGCUGGACGAGAGCGUCGAGGGGGCUCCUGCAGGGGGCGCUGUGGGGGAGACGAGCGCAGCCGGGGAGAGGAAUGAAGAGGAGGGACAGCCAGGGGCAGAGGCCGGCGCUGACGCCACGGCUGCCAGAGAAGAGACAACCGCGACGGAAGAGGGAGAGAGGGAAGGGACACAGGGGAAGGAGGGAGGGGUUGAAGGGAGAGAUGUGAUGAUGGAGGAGGAGGAGGAGGAGGAGGAGCAGGCUGGUCCUGAUGGAGAGGAGGAGGAAGACGAAGAGGAUUUGGAGGAAGAGAACCCCAUGGCGUGAGAUCUGAGAUGCUGCGUGUCGCAAAAACAAAUCUUUUAAUUAAUCCUUGUUAUAACAACCCUGAAGGUCUGGGGUGUCCAAUCAUAUUUCACUCUAGGUUUAACAGGUAAGAUGAUAGGAUUACCUGCUUCAGGGUCUGGAUGGAGGUUUCAUUGGUUCAGGAACAGGGCUGGAACAAAGACCAGGAGUGGAAGAGACAGCUUUGGACACCCCGGCAGGAGGUGAACGUGCAUCAAACAGAAACAUAACCGCUCUAGUUAAUUUGUUUUCUUUAAAAAAAAAAAAAGAAUAUGUUAAUAAUUAAGACAAAGUAGAGAAGGCGUUAUUUUAUUACGGGAGAUUGUAUUUCAGUUUUUUUAGUUUUUUUUUUUAAUUCAGCCUUGUGUGUUUCGGUAGGUUCUGCUUUUUUGUGUUCACAAACAAUCGGCAAUAUUACAAAAAUGUUACUGUUUUAAGGUUUUUGAUUGCAAGUUAAAUAAUAAAAAAAUGUGUGUGUGUGUGUAUAUAUAUAUAUAUAUAUAUAUAUAUAAACAUUCCCCACUCCUCUUCUCCUGCCCCUCCCUCCUUCCCUCAUUUCUUUCUCUCCCUAAUGUUCAAGCUUCUUAAAGCUUCUUAAUGUUUGUUUUUGCACAUCAAGGGAUAAGAAAAAAGAAAUGUGUCUAAAAGAAAUGGCUGUUUUUUGACAUGCUACUUAGAAACUGGAUUUUGUUUACAUUUAAGUUGUUAUCUAAUAGCAGUGAAAUCCAUUUAAAAGGAGCAUAUUGUUGACCUGUGUUGCAGUGGGAGGGUGGAGGCAUUUACAAGGUAGUUACACUUCUCUUGCUCUUGGUAAAGCAGGGAUGGAAAUAAGACUCCUAUUGCAUAGCAGUUUCACCCGUUCCAGGUUUUAAUAUGUGCUUGAUUAGCCCCAGUGUGUAUAGAUAACAAGCUUGGGUGUGUCUUGUUCAACUCAUUGUAAAACCAGGAGUGGAUCAAACAGCUAUGCAAUGGGAGUCUUCUUUGCAUCCCUGUACAGAAUACAUGACAGGAGUAGGUAGGAGCUCCUGUAAAAAGUGUUAUUUGCUUUAGAAACAAAUCAAGGACUUUCAAGGUGUAUUUUAACACCUUUAAGCUUUAAACUUUUAAGGUGGUGGAACGGGUUUGCAGUAGUUUCUAGGGUGCAGCCCUACCAGUAAUUUGUCCACUGUUGAGUAGAAUUUGAUUUUAACUACGAGAGCUGUCAUAACCCAGAUAAUGAAGCCUUGAUUUUUCUAUGAAGCUCCUGAGCCUUCGUGACCCCUCGUGACCUCUAACAAGUUUUAAAAGCCUUUGAUUUCUGUGAUUGACCCUGUCUGGCUCUGGAGUUUGUAAUCCAUCGGAGCAGUUCUCCAGUUUUACUAGUCGUCUCGUGCUCGUUAUCUUUGAAGUCACUCCGCAGUAUUGGUCAGGUGAAGCCAACGUAGUUGAAAUGUAAAACACAGGGCAGCUGGCAGUUUGCACUGCACAAAUGAAAUAGGGAAGGUAGCAUUCCACAGCAGCACUGAAUUUAGCAGAACGUGGACGAUAGACAGCUAUAGGAAAGAUGUUAAAACUCAAUGUUCGGGCCACGGGAGUCAAACUAUUGCAAAGCUUCAUUAAAAGUAAUUAAGUUUGUAAAGUAACAUUAAAAAGCAUGUGUUUGUGUAUAUAUAUAUAAUUUGGGAUCGGACGAAUACAGCGGUUCCGAAUAAUUUUCUUUUAAGGUCUCACUGAACCGACACAUUUCAAUUGAAAGCUGGUUAAACUUUUAAUUCACACAGUUAGGUUGUGCUGUGUUUACAAUCGCCAAAGUGCUUUCAAUUAAAAACAAAUUGUUGCCUUUUAAUGUGUAGACAGGUGAGUUUUGCGUGGCCGAUGCAGAUCCACAUUAUAAACACAUAAGCAUAACAACAGUGCGCAACGUCUUCAGGUAGGGUUUUAAAAGAUCCCUCGUGUUACAAUUCUUCGAUCUAUUGAUGUUGAGGUUUAAAAGUUUUAAAUUGAGAUGAGGCAAAACAUACAUGAUGAUAAUUGGCCAGUUAAAAUCUGGCAAUUCCCUUUGAAUCGAAAGCACUAUGCAGAACCCUACAUGAAGACGUUACACACUACAGCACAACCUAAUUGUGUGAAUUAAAAGUUUAACCAGCUUUCAAUUGAAAUGUGUCGGUUCAGUGAGACCUUAAAGGAAAAUUAUUAGGAACCGCAGUAUUCGUCUCAUCCUCUAUAUAUACCUACACAGAACUGACCGAAGAUGUGAAGUCACAAAACAGUCUUGAUUUCAAUGUAGGUUUGAAAACAAGAUGCAAUUUGAUCCCUUCUCUGACCUUUUUAAAAAGCUUUUGCAACGAAACAAAAGGGUUGUAACCUACACGGUGUGCAAUCCCAAAUAGAUUCAAAACCUUGAAAUGUUUUCUUUUCUGCCGGUGCUAAUGCUAACACGCUGUGACGUGAAAGAUGUGAAUGAACAAUACCUUAUUUGUGUUUCUCUUCCCUCCAGUCGAAGCCAGGGUCAGCGUUACUAGUUCAGAAUUCACUAGUACUAAAAACGAUAGUAUUGAUUAGAAAGAUCAGAUGUUCCGCACUGAAAUGGUUGUCUAAUUUUACAAUUAAGGGCUUGAUUUGAUCAGCCUGUACCUGACAGUCCACAGCUGAGUUUUAGAGAAUUUUACAGCAUCAGGAGUCGCCCUGAAUUGCAUCAGCCAUGUAUUUUUUAGUGGUACUCCCAGGAUAACUGGACAGUUGGUUGAUUUCGAUCCAGAGUGAUUUCCCAGUACUUUUAAAAAGAUCCUUAAACCCAGCAGGGUUGUGAUCAAAUCAACUAAUACAUUUCUUUUUGGUAGCCCUGUAUAUCUGUUAUAAUUAUUUGUAAGUUCUGGGUAAUUCAUAGUUCAGUUUCUUUUUUUCUUUUUUUUCUUGAUGGAGUUUGGAAGAGGGGAGGGUGCGGGUUCUGUGUGUUUGUAUAAAAGGCUGGUGAUUUGAGGGAUUGAGCUGUUUGUUGAAUGUAAAGUUUUGUAGCCUGGAUGAGACCCGGGCUUUCUUGCAGAAGUUUAAAAUGUAAACAGAAAUGUUGAUUAAAAGAUUUAUAUGAAAGA